CAACGUAGCAGCGGCAGUUUCAGCAAGUUUAGGGUCGUUCACACUCUUAAUAAAUAGCACCUUCAUUUCUAGACUUAUGCAAUUGAAGACUGAGGUCGGUCACAAGCGGCAGUUUCACUCGAAGAGCAUCAACAGGAAACUUAAUUUGUUCAGGAGGCAGCAGCUUCAUUUGAUCUAAGACCAAAAAACUUUGGUCAGACGAUCAUUUGAAGAUGAAGAAUUUAUAAUCUUGGUCAUAAGGAAGCCACUAUAGAGGAUUAAUGGUGGACAUCAAAAUGAUCAUCCUGUUCCGAGCAGGAAUAUAAUAUUAUUCACUAAAGUAGCUUCUUUAUACUGCAUAAAAUCUUAUGUGUUGUGCUUUGUCUGCUAAAAUUUCCAUCUUUUUUAAGUUUCUCCUUUCGGUUUAUUGAUUCCAAAAAAAUUAGUUGAAGAAGCCAACCGGGUGGUUCCACAAGAUCUAUAGGCAAAUUCCAGUGUUCUGAUCACCAUGAUUAUAAAAUUGAUCUCAUCAGCAACAUCCUUCGGGGUACCGUUGCCCUUUUGUAGUGGAACAAAUAAUCUUAAUUUCAGUCCGGCUGCUGGUCCGGAGAAGAAGAAACAUAAACAAGCCUGCAGCUUUAAGUUCAACUUUGGAAUAUCGUCACUAUCAGAAAAAAAGAAGAAUAAGAAGGAGAUCGUAAGAGCUUCACCGCCCACGGAGAUCAUCAGUCAACUGCUUGUUCCCAUCAUUAACACGGUGUCUACAGCCACCGAGGAGAAAUGGGAACUUGAUAAUGGGCAACCAGGGAUUGUUGAGCCAUCUAGUGGAAGAUUGUUACAGGGUGGACUUGUUUUCCAGCAAAACUUUACAAUCAGAUCAUUUGAGAUAGGAAGUGAUUUCAGAUUAUCCAUUGAAACCUUGAUGAAUUAUUUACAGGAAACAUCACUCAACCAUCUCAAGAGUGCAGGAAUACUGGCUGAUGGUUUUGGCUCAACCUUAGCGAUGACUGCAAAGGACCUCAUAUGGGUGGUUUGCUGGUCGCACGUGGAGGUCGAUUACUAUCCUUCAUGGGGUGAUGUUGUUCAAGUAGAUGCUUGGAUGUAUAGGUCAGGAAGGAAUGGCAUCCGCCGAGACUGGCUUAUCCAAGACUUGAAGACAGGCAAAACUCUUAUACGGGCAACAAGUCUAUUUGCGAUGAUGAAUAAGAAAACAAGGAAAUUUGCUAAGGCGAGCGAGGAAGUGAUAGGAGAAAUGAAACCUUUUCUUAUGCAUUGUGACCCUCUCAUCAACAAGGACACCAGAAAACUUCUGCAGGUUGAAACUGAUACAGCAGAUUACAUUCGCACAGGUUUAAACCCUGGAUGGACGGACGUGGAUGUUAACCAACAUGUGAAUCAUAUCAAACUGGUUAACUAUGUUCUGGAGGGUGUUCCUCCUUCAAUUGUGGAGAGUCAUGAGCUUUGCGCAAUGACAUUGGAGUAUCGGAAAGAGUGCAGUUUGGAUAGUGUACUGCAAUCUCUUUCCAAACUCAAUAGAAAUCAGUUGAUCUAUGAUCAAGAAAUUGAGUUCGAACAUUCGCUUAGCCUUGAGUGUAGACUUGAAAUCGUAAGGGGAAGGUCCAGGUGGAGAAAAAAGUUGUGUCAUUAAUACAUAAAAUUUCUAAAUACAACAAUUGUACUCAUCAAUACAUAAAUUUAUGUUGUAUGCAUAUAUAUGCAUAAUUAC